AUAAUUUAUGCAUUAAAUCUGAGACACCAAAAACGAACUAACCAGAAAGCUUUGAAAAAACCAGAAGAAAACCUGUUCGUUAUUUUUGCUUCUUCAUCUCUUCUGUUCGAUUAUGGAGGAAGAAAGCACUUCAGUGGAAUCUAACACUGCAAACGAGCGCAUAAAGCUCAACGUGGGUGGAAAGUACUUCGAGACAACGCUAUCCACGCUCCGCUCCGGCGGCCCCGACUCUCUCCUCUUCGCGCUCUCGAACCGGCGCUCGACCGACCCGAACCCGGUUUUCAUCGACCGUGACCCGGAGAUCUUCUCCGUCCUCCUCUCGCUCCUCCGCACCUCUCACCUUCCCUCCACUGCGCGCCGCUUCUCUAAACAAGAGCUCGCGGACGAGGCCCUCUUCUACGGCAUCGACGCGCACCUACGUGCCGCCACCGCGCCGCCUCCAUUCUCCGGUAUCGACGCCGCCCUUGCCGCCUCAAUCCGCCCAGCCUCAGAGGGCCUCCCCUCCUCCUUCGCGGCCGCUGAUUCCGGCGCUGUCUGGAUUGCCCAUGGUGGUCAGAUCUCCGGCUACGACUCAACCCUCACACACUCCGGCACUGUCCGCACUCACCUCGACGAAAUCGAUUCCAUCUGCCGCGUCUGGCCCGAGAUUGCCGCUAUCGGGUCCAUGUCCGACCCCGGCCUCCACUUCUACAACUUCUCCGGCAGCCGCCACGUCGGAUCGGUCCACUGGACAGAUCCUCUCGAUCCACGAAUCUUCAAGGCGCACGUCAACGCGAUAACCGCUUCAGAGAAUACCGUUUUCGCUUCAUUCGAUUGUCCUCACAGAGAGAAUUGCAUCCUCGAAGUGGAUAAGUCGAAUCUGCGGACUGUGAAUCAGUUUGCUCGGCAGUCCGGGAACCAGGCGAAGAAUAUGGUUCCCGCGAAGCUGACGUGGAUUCCGGCGACAGGAGUUCUCGUCGGUAGCGCGGUGACCGGUGGUGCUUUUGGUUUCUCCGGCUAUGUCCGAUUAUGGGACCCGAGGUCUGGGGAGGUGGUUUGGGAGACGAACGAGCCUGGUGGUUCGGGACGGAGCAGCCGGUUCGGGGAUUCGUUUGCUGACGUGGAGGCUGACGUGGAGGGAUUGUUGCUGUUCAAGUUGUGUUCUAAGUCGGGGGAUUUGGCUAUGGCGGAUAUGCGGUUUCUGAAGGAUGAUCCUUGGAUUUAUCUAAAAGAGAAGAACGCUAGUUUGGUGAGUUGUGGUGAAGUGAGGAAUAGUGUGGUGCACUGUUACCGGGGGCAAGUGUUUGUGGCCAGAGAAGGUGGGUUGGAGGUUUGGUCAAUGGUGGAACAAAGGGAAAAUGUUGUUGUAAGAAGCGAGAAUGAGAGUGAUGCUGAAGGGUUUUAUAGGAGGAAUUUUGUGGAUAAAAGAGAGGAUUCAGAUAGAGGGAUUAUAAAGAAGAUUGAAGGUGGUGGCGAUAGGUUGUUUGUUAGUAGAGAAGAUGUUGAGGGGAUUGAAGUUUGGGAGAGCUCUCGUUUCUCUGGAGCUAUUUCUGUUUUGUGACCAGGGAUAGACACUUUCUUAGGUAGGAUUUCUUCACGAAAAAAACAAAAAUAUGGGUAAAUUGUUGUCAGCUUUAGAUGAAUAACGUGAUUUAUUUUCUAAGCAAUGAGUAAAUCACAAUUUGAUGCCACUUUUAUUGUCAUAUUUGCUUUAUUUCCUGUCUGUUAUGCUCUUCAUGAAUUGACCUUUGGGCAAGUGUAUACAUUGUUAUUAAUGCAAACUUCAUUUUGAUUUUACAAUUCUGCAAAGAAAGCCUCAAUCAAUGCCUUCUGUUGUAUAUUAA